GAGUCCGGGUCAGGUGUCCACCAGACGCUUUGAAGUUCUAAUUUUUUACCGGGUUUGUCUUGCAGCUGCAAAGCCGUCGCCUUCCAGGCUGACCCGAGGCAGUCUCGGGGUUCUGGCGCUCGGGGGCCCAGGGCGGGCAUGUUGGGCCGUCUCCCGCCAUGCGCGCUGCGAGCGCGGCUGGGCGCCUGGUUCGGGGCUCCCGGGGCCCGGUCGUGCGUUUCCGACGGGGAUCGGCGGGGAUCGGCUCCCCACGGGCCUCGGAGAGAGUGGUCGCUGCCGGUGAGCCCGUUCGGGCGGCUGAAGGCGCGGCUCCCGUGCCGCCUGCUCGUGCGGCCCCUGGAUCCCCACGCGCACCCAGAUGGCGACCGCGUGCAGGUGGCGGUGUGCGGCGUGGGGCUCGAGGCGGGCGGCCUGGACGGCCUGCAGGUCGAGUACGACGCUGCUCGGCAGGAGAUGACCAUCCUGUCCGAUGACAUCGACCCCCGGGCGUCGGUGGAGGUGAACGCGCCUGUCAAGUUUGAUUUGAAUAUCGAGUCGUCAGGGUCCGGCUCUGUCAAGGUACAGAAUAUUGAAUGUGAUCGCUGUGAAAUCAGCACUGCACAGGGGACUAGCGUCUUGCAGGCUGUGAAGAGCCAAAAUUUGCACGUCCAAACGAAAGGAGGCAACGUGAUCUGUCUGGGAACGGUUUACGGAAACAUAGACAUCCAAGCCUCAGACCACAGUAGUGUGACCGUAGAUAAACUUCAGGGAAGUUGCGUUAAUAUAUCUACAGAGGAUGGUUUACUGAAAGUCAAGUAUCUUUAUACCGAAUCUUCAUUUUUGUCUUCUGCUGCUGGGGAUAUUGCAUUAGGAAAUGUUCAUGGAAAUAUCGUAUUACAGAGCAAGAUGGGUAACAUUACAGUAGGUUCGUCCUCUGGGUGUCUAAAGGCAUCAAGUCACCAGGGUGCCAUAGAUGUUUAUAUCAGCCAGCUGGAGGAAGUGGCACUGACUUCACAGGAAGGCUCUAUUACUGUCAAGGCCCCAUCUUCUUUACGAGCUUAUUUAAAGUUAUCAGGGAAAGAAGUGGUUGUGGAUGCAGACGCUCAAGUUCACGACAUGGCCAAGGAUCAUAAAGGUGGUGGCGUGACGGUCACAGAUGCAAGUAGGCUAAUGACCCAUUCGCAGAAGUCUCUUGUCCCGGCCUGCACUAGAACCAGUGUGACAACUCACCUCAGUUCUGCCGGAGUGAACGAGGAGCAGCGCACAGCCGCUCUUCACGGCUUUCCUGACUGACUUGUUUCCACAAGGACUCAUGAAUCAAGCAAGGGGUCAGGAAAGGUGGAUAACCGCUGUCGCCCCCAAAGGCACCGUGAGUUUUAAACAUCAGAGCUGGUUUCAGUCUCUGAAACUGUCGGACUGAGAACGGCUCCACCGUGUCUGCCAAGUCUCACGUGGACUAGCAGACCUGUGUGUGUGAAAAUGUCGCAGACAACAGCAUCAGCGGGAAUGCUGGCAAGCUGUCUCGGGAGUUCCACACAGGUGCACUUGACUAGUUUGUUUUCUAUUGCUGUGUUCCAAGUUACAGAAGCCCCAGGGCAUGUUUGAGGCCUCCAGGAUGCCGGAAACCUCAGGCAGUGUCAACCCCUCUAAACCGUGUUUCUUUAACACACGUGCCAGCUGAACGCCUUUUCUGUCCAACUAAGCGGUUACAUACUCCGAGCAAAACUCUGGCUGUUCUUCCAAUAGCAAACAGAUGCUUCCUUCCUUCUUCGCAGGGUCCCACCAGUGCAUCCACCCUGACCAUAGGGCCCAGCUGCCUCAGCGUAUGAUUUGUUUUCUUAUCACGUCGAGAACUUUUACAUUUUUCCUUAAAGCAUUUUGUGGCUUCUCUUUGUCAGACCCAGUGCAAAUGUCAUUACAACUGUACCUUAGAGCCAUUACCAACGUCAGGACGUCUUGGCCUCUGGCACCGUGACACCACUGUGAUGGCUGGAAGGCCAGUGUGGCCACGGCGUGUCUGACGGACAGCUCGUGUACACAGAUAGCAUGUUGUGCAUGCAGAGGAACGGCUCACAACCUGACGGAACAGCGAAAGGCUUCCUCAUGCUGCUUCAGGUGACACACAAUUUAAAACUUACGCUUUACCUCAGAAUUUAUCAGCUACAAGUUACUGAAGAAAUAAAAAGCGAAUCCUGGGAUGGGGGCAAGAGAACAGUUCUACCAGAUUUAACGACUUCAGAUGGCCUUUAGCAGCUUAUAGUUGGUGAUGUGGGCGUUGUGCUCCGUGCGUCUCUCGGCUGGAUGUUGUCUGAGGCUCCCAGGUCCACUCACAUUAUAGGGAAAUCGCAUUCUGUAUGCCUGUGUGACAUUGUUGUCUCACUGCCUUCCACAAAGGGUCACUCUUUCCGUAUGCCAUCUCCUUCCUCAUGGGGACACACGGAGCCCUUCUGCUCUGAACGUCUGACUUCUGUAUAAGCUGGAGAAAGCUAUGCUUGGUUGGCCAAGAUAUUUAACAUGAUUCUGGGUAUGUCACAUCCUCUGCACGACGCUCACUCAAGAGAUGAAUGUGUCAAGGCCCAGGUGUCAGAGUCACCUUAGGAUUGUUACUGCAGCCCACAUGAGAGUUUCUUAGUACCUCCUGUAACAUUGUCUUUAAGUUGUGAAUAAACACUUCUCAUGCAGGAGAAGCAGGUGCUUCUGAUUUACUGUGUCUGCACAGUGGGAAAGAACUUACUCUAUCAUGAGAUGUAUGAAGAUACAAUCACGUUUAUAAGGCGGGCUAUAAUUUAUAGAAUUCCUCUAUGAACUCCAUUUCUUUAGAAAUGACUACUGCAACAUUAACUAUACUACACUGAGAAGAUCAAUUUGUUGGAUUAUAUUUUGAUUUUGAUAAAUUAGUGAUUAGACACUGAUUUCAAAUAAACUUUUCUAUUAUUUAUAAUAAGUCUCCUUUUAUUGCUGUCCCAUUUCUUUACAUUCUUUCCAAUAUCUUGUUUGUGAAAUAAAGUCCGCCUUGUCAGUCUGUGACUGUCCCCUUGGAAUUUACUCUUAAUAAAACAGAAUUUAUAUAAAA